UUUAAUUUGGAAAUGCAACCCUCCAUGAACCAUGUUCGAGUUCAAGUUCAAGUUCAACUACACCAAGUAGUCUUUUUGUUUUGUCUGCGAUUGCAUGUUUCACAAUCAUAAACUUUUCACUAGAAUCAGACCAAAAAGAAGAAAAAGAAUAAUAAUAAUAACUUUUAACUAGGUAGCUUGUUUAAUUUGUUGAACAUGUAGAGAGAAAUGGAGUGGAUGACUCUAGAUGGCUUGCUUUUUUUUCCUUAAUUUUUGAAAGGGAAAACAUUUGCGGGAAUAGAACAAAUUCUUGGAUUCCAAAUUCAAUGUGAAGGAAUAAGUGCUUUGGGUUUUGAUAAGUGAUCCAGUCAUCCAGAUUCCAGGCCAGUACUUUACUGUUUAAGUACUGAAUUUGCUAUGGGAACUUGUAUAUAAAUGGGUGAACAACAGAUCGAUCCAAGUAGAUGCACGAAACUCAAGCUUUUAUACAUAGUUUUCUUUCCUGGAUUUCAGUCAUUCUCGUUGCUCUGGGAGUCGAGAUAAGGCUGAAGGUAUCCAUACUUAACCAUCAACUAUAUCGCCAAAUAGAGCGGCCUGGCUGGAAGCUGGGUUGGGCGUGGGUAGGUGAUGAGGUGAUUUGGAGCAUGCAGGGAGCUGAGGCUACAGAGCAAGGAAACUGCUCUAGGUUCAAGGGACAAGAACUUCCUCAUUGUUGUGAAAAGAAGCCAGUGAUUGUUGACCUUUUACCCGGAGCCUUGUACAAUCUGCAGACCGCUAAUUGUUGCAAAGGAGGUGUACUAACAUCCAUGGUACAAGACCCUGAUAAGAUUGCUGCGGUUUUUCAGAUGGUUGCUGGAUCUGUCAACGUUUCAGACUUCAUAAUGCCAGAAAAUUUUACUCUUGGAAUUCCAGGGUAUUCCUGUGGGAAGCCAGUUUCGGUUGCACCAAGUAAGUAUACGUCUGAUGGAGGCCGUCGGUGGACACAAGCUCUGGGAACUUGGAACGUGACAUGUAUCUACUCCCCGUUUCUGGCAUCAACUUCUCCAAAGUGCUGCGUCUCCUUAUCUGCAUUCUACAAUAGGUCAAUUGUUCCCUGUCCCAAGUGCAGCUGCAGCUGCCAAGGAUUACCUGAAGCAAAAUGUGUAAAGUUUGGUGAAGCACCAUCGCCGUUACAAGAACUAGAAGAUCCAAAUCAGGAGCAACCAUCUUUAGUCAGGUGCACGCAGCAUAUGUGCCCAAUACAGGUCCAUUGGCAUGUGAAACGAAGUUACAAAGAAUAUUGGCGGGUCAAGAUAACGGUGAAUAAUCUGCAUAUCAUGAAGAAUUAUAGCCAUUGGAACUUGGUGGCAUCACACCCCAACCUAAAAAGCCUGACACAAGUUUUCAGCUUCAAUUAUGAGCCACUUAACCAGUAUGGGUAUAUCAAUGAUACAGGGAUGUUUUGGGGGAUUCAGUACUACAAUGACAUGCUGCUAGAGGAAGGUGAAAGGGGAAAUGUGCAAUCUGAAAUGCUGCUUCACAAAGAACAAGGGGUAUUCACUUUCAGAGAAGGAUGGGCUUUCCCGAGAAGAAUUAUGUUUAAUGGCGAUGAAUGCGUCAUGCCCCCUCCUGAUGAGUACCCAAGGCUGCCUAACGGUGGACAUAGUGCCAGAUUGAGCCUUUCUGCAAUCUUUUGCUCAUUGUUGCUGCUAAUAAUUCUGUGCUGAGAAGUGAAUACUAUGAGCAUUAGAGACAUCACUUCCCAAUUGUACAAAGCCAUUGAAUUUAUAGUGUUUGAAGAAAUUAAAAAUACAGAGCAGGAUACGUACUAACAUUGAUGACAAUUAGAUAGAAGAUUUCCUACUUCCUUUUCAUUCAUCCGAAACACCUUAAUUCUGUGAAUGCAUAGAAAGAUUAUUGUUGA